UCCUCCCCUGUGCUGUUCUUGGCAAGAACGGGGGGAGCAGAUGGGAGGGUCAGGGAAGUGGGUGAAGUCGCUCAUAGGGCUCAAGAAGCCGGACAGGGAAGAUUGCAAGGAGAAGCUGCAAGUUCCAUCAGGCAAUGGCGGAGGAGGAGGCAAGGGCCGGAAGUGGAAGCUGUGGAGGGGCUCCUCCGGCGAGCAUGGCUCCCUGUGGCGGGGCUCGAGGGGCGGCGCACACCACCGCCCCGCCGCGUCGGAGGCCUCCGACGACGCCUCCUCGGUGGCCACCGACCCGUUCACCGCCGCCGUCGCCACCGUCGCCCGCGCCCCGGCCAAGGACUUCAUGGCCGUCCGCCAAGAGUGGGCCUCCAUCCGCAUCCAGACCGCGUUCCGCGGCUUCCUGGCGCGGCGGGCGCUGCGGGCGCUCAAGGGGCUGGUGCGGCUGCAGGCGAUCGUGCGCGGGCGGCAGGUGCGGAAGCAGGCGGCGGUGACGCUCCGGUGCAUGCAGGCGCUGGUCCGGGUGCAGGCGCGCAUCCGGGCGCGCCGCGUGCGCAUGUCCACCGAGGGCCAGGCCGUGCAGAAGCUGCUCGAGGCGCGCCGCACCAAGCUCGACAUCCUCCGCGACGCCGAGGAAGGAUGGUGCGAUAGCCAGGGAACCCUGGAGGACGUGAGGGUGAAGCUGCAGAAGCGGCAGGAAGGCGCAAUCAAGCGCGAACGAGCUAUCGCGUACGCGUAUUCGCAGCAGAUCGAAGGCGCCACGAAAUGCAACAAUCUGCAACCGAAGCCUACCUCGUAUGGACGGCUGAACCAGUCCGGGAUGCUGCUCAAGCAUCAGAGUUUCGACAAGAGCAAUGGCAAUUGGAGCUGGCUGGAGAGGUGGAUGGCGGCGCGGCCAUGGGAGAACAGGCUAAUGGAGGAGCACAACCAGACUCGCUCAAGCUCACCUGACCUCCUGUCCUCCAAGAACUGCGAGGAUUCGUUCGGUGUUCUUGGAGACUUCUCCGAGCCGAAUUCGGUGAAGGUGCGCAAGAACAAUGUCAGCAAGAGGGUCUGCGCGAAACCGCCGGUCGCGUCGCACCAUCAUCGCGUCAAGGCCCAGUCGAUCUCGUCUCUGAGCACCGAGCUGCACAACGACGAGAGCUCGGCGUCGUCGUCGUCGUGCUUCGCCUCCACUCCGAUAUCGUUCUCCACCAUUGUCACGACGGAGAAGAACGAGGACAGCGUCAGGACGAGGCCCAACUACAUGAACAUGACGGAGUCGAUCAAGGCGAAACAAAAGGUGUGCAAUGCUCAGAGAACAGCCGCGGCAGCGAAGCAGAUGGAGGACAGGAAGGUGUCAGGUGUCGUCGACGUGAAGGUCGCUUGAUGAGCUGCGAAAUCUGUAGUAGUGUUCAUGGAGCUGUAUGCUGAAGAUGAAACCGAGUUCUACGGUUCUACCUCUCUAGGGUUGUUUGUAAGGUGGAUUUUGCUCCAUCCAUCGGUUUUUCGAUGUCUUGCUGCUGCAUUCUUGAAAUCUUUGAGUUGUGUUUGUGUCUGCUGCCAAGAUCUCAUGUUCAACGUCUUGUUGUCGAGUCAUCCCAUUUUGGGGGAUGUCCUCAUUGUCAAUGGCAGUGUCUUUGUAAGAUAGCUCGUUUGACUAGAAAAAAAAAUGGUGUGGAUUUGUUGCAGGCUGCGAGUUUCAGAAAAAAGGAUUGCAUUAACAUCUCGCA